AUGCAGAUCAAAAUAAAAACUGUUACAAACGAAAUUAUAGAUCUCCAAAUUCAAUCUGAUGAUACUAUUUUGAGAGUGAAAGACAGGAUUCAAGAGAAAAUGGGAAUACCGAAAGAACACCAAAGAUUGAUUUAUAGUGGCAAGCAGUUGGAAGAUGAUCGUACUCUACCUGACUACAACAUUCAAAAGGAUUCCACUAUUCUAUUGUGGAUGCGUUCCGUUUCCACUGAUAAGAAGCUGAACGACCGACCUUCUCGUUUGGACAACAUUGUCCAGAAUGGAAAAGCUCUUCAUUAUCCCCCACCCACAGCAAGGUGA